GGUGUGACUGAAGCAAGAUAAGCACCAAUGGCAGCAGGUGUGGUCAAAAGCUUGUCUGACUUUCGGCCAGCUCCGAGCUUCCAGCUCUCUUUUCUAAAUCUGGGUCUUCACCAGGACAUGGACUUCCAGGAAACGUCGGAUGAAGAGGUGGAGGAGGAGGAGGAGGAGGAGGAGGAGGAGGAUGAAGUUCGGGAGGCAGGAUCAACUGACCCUGAGGACUGCCCCUCACCUACCCCUGAUACACACAUGGCCCAGACCACACUACAGCUGCUGAGAUUCACCCAGAUCAUCAACACUGACAUUCAGAGGUAUUUCGGACGGAAGAGCAAAGACGAUGACCCCGAUUCUUGUAACAUUUACGAGGACAGGUUUUAUUCAGGUAAAUCGGGUAGAGAGCUGUACUACGCUGACCUGAUCAAAGUUGCACAAGAUGGCGAGCAGGACGAGGAGGAAUUGCGUGCGACUGCACAUCCUCCCAGAGACAUAGACACCCUGGCUCUGAAGCACGUGUGUAACAGGGAAAGCAUCCAACAACUGGGACCCCUGGCUGAACUGUUUGAGUAUGGUUUACACAAAUACAUGAAACCCACGGCCGUGAGGAGGAGAGACAACAGGAGGCAGAAAGUGGAUCAGAAACAUGCCCACGUUGUCCCGAUGCACAGGCGAAGGCUGCCUUCAUCAUUCUGGGAAGAGCCUAUCUCUCCUCUCCCUGCCUGCACCCUGCACACCAGCACACCAGAUUUCAGUGAUCUUCUGGCCAACUGGACUUCAGAGUCAAAUGGACCUGAACUCCAGGUUGGGAGAGAAAUCUCCACUGAAAUAAACAGGCAAGUGCUGGAAUCAGAGACCUACCAACUUGUAUAGACCAGACCACACACCAUCCAUGCACCUGUUAUUAACCCUUUCAGCGCCAGUGU